CCCUCAUGCCUUUUCAGUCAAAGUGGAGAUUCCAACUUGCAUUUGCCUUUUCGCUUUACACACAUCACCUGGGACUGCCCAGGGAGCCUGGCUAAAAGCAGAGCCAUGCAGCCGGAGGAGCAGUUGAGAUUUGGCCAUGGCUACAGCUUGGGUCCCAGUGCUGGUGACUGUGCUGCUGGGCCUGGCCACAGCAGGCCCUGUCCCCACUUCCAAGCCCACCACAACCUGGAGGGGCUGCCACAUGGGCAGGUUCCAGUCUCUGUCGCCGCGGGAGCUGGAAGCCUUCAAGAAGGCCAAGGAUGCCUUGGAAGAGUCGCUCCUGCUGAAGAGCUGGAGCUGCAGCGCUCGCCUCUUCCCCAGGACCAGGGACCUGAGGCCGCUGCAGGUGUGGGAGCGCCCUGUGGCCCUGGAGGCUGAGCUACACCUGACGCUGAAGGUCCUGAGGACUGCGGCUGACUCGGCCUUGGGGGCCGUCCUGGACCAGCCCCUUCACACGCUGCGCCACAUCCAUUCCAAGCUCCAGGCUUGUGUCCUGGCUCAGCCCACAGCAGGCCCCAGGCCCCGGGGCCGCCUCCACCACUGGCUGCACAGGCUCCAGGAGGCCGAGAAGAAGGAGUCCCAAGGCUGCCUCGAGGCCUCCAUCACGUUCAACCUCUUCCGCCUCCUCACUCGGGACCUGAAAUGUGUUGCCAGCGGAGACCUGUGCGUCUGAGAAGCCGGACCCACCCCUGCCCGUCUGGAACACAGACCUUAUUUAUGAACUAAGCCCCAUCCCUGCCUUAAGUUAUUUCCUCUCACCCUUAUUUAUGGAGCUGCCGCUCUGAC